UUCGACAAUUAGCUUGUUGUUGAUUUUCUCCUCUCGUAUUGAUCUGUAACUGACUUUCUUUGACAACUGUGUUGAAAAUCUAUUAAUGGAGUAGAAAAAUAGCCAGAGGGAAUAUCUGCCUGGUCUUCCUCCACAACUAUUAACGUCACAUUAAUCAUGCGACACAAAGUUUUAUUUGCCCUUUGUUUCCAAUAAUGUGGUUGCUCCUUCUAUACCGGAGGAGGAGCUUGCUGCUGGAAGAUCCACCCACUUUUGGCUAGGGUCAGAACGAAACGACGUCAUUGGCUGGUUCGUGUACUUAAUGCUCUUAGAUUUCUUCAUAGCACGAUGUCCCCAAUACAUUUUGUCACAUAUACUAAAGUUUGGUAACCAUGUUAACGAACAUUUCGCACCAUGUCAACUUGGAGACUCUGACUGCCCAGAUGAACUAUAUUGAAUCGUCCUACCCCAGAAGCUAUGCCGCUCUCUCGACGUUGGCGGCCUACCCGCACUUCGCCGGACACUUCGCCACUCUGGGCUCUCCCCCGGGGGAGCAAAUCGACGCCUUGGACUGCAGCGUUAGCCGCGGCUACUUCCACAGCGGUCAUCUGAAUUUUUCCGUGGACAAAAUACUGACUUCGACCCCACACCGUCCCCGCUCCAGAAGUUUAUCGCCGUCAGAAAACGACAGUCCAGGCAGAUUUGAUGAUUCUAAGAUAAGAGACCUGAAGGAUGACGGGAAGGAGUGCCAGACUGUAAAGCGACGUCGUACACGCACCAACUUCACGGGCUGGCAGCUGGAGGAGCUGGAGAAGGCCUUCCAGGACAGUCACUACCCCGACGUGUUCAUGCGCGAGGCCCUGGCGCUCAAACUCGACCUCGUCGAGUCCAGAGUUCAGGUGUGGUUUCAGAACCGCCGUGCGAAAUGGCGAAAGAAGGAGAACACGAAGAAAGGUCCGGGACGCCCUCCACACAACGCGCACCCCCAGACGUGCAGCGGCGAACCCAUGGAGGCGUCCGAGGUGCAGAAGCGAGAGCAGGAGCGGAACGAGAAGAGGAAACGAAAGCAGGAGGAGCGCCUGAGACGCCUGGAGGAGAAGCGGAAGAUGCUGGGUCAAGGCAAGCUCAAGCUGUCCAUGCUGUCCUCAGAGUCCUCCGACAUCUCCCUGUCAUCCUGCGACGUGCAGAGCAACCCGUGCAGCGUGUUCCCCAACCCCAGGGGAGAUAACUCCGCCGAGGAGCACGACAACAACAGCGAUAAGAGUCUGGUCGUGAAACCCAAGUGUCCUUUCAGCAUCGACAGUAUUCUCGAGACGCCCAAGGUGCCGCGAGGCAGACGUCCCAAUUCCAAGUAUCCUCGAGUACAGGCCUGCAAGUCUCUGGGUCCCCUGGGGAUAGGGAUGAUGCCCCUGUAUCCCAUCACUCAGCCUAUAGGGUUCGUGGUGGAGCAGAUGCCAGAGGGGGAGGAUGAGGAUGAAGACUUUCUUAGUGUGGGGGAGUGCGAUAUUCCGAGCAAGGAGAGUCUUAGAAACGAUUUGGACAAAAAUGGUUCAGAGAACCAAGACAAAAAGCAAUCUAGAGAACAGUCUACAGAAUCGUGUAUAGAACAUUCUACAGACCAGACUAGAGAACAAUUUAGAGAGCAGUCUAGAGAACAAUGUAGCGAUCAGUGUGUAGAAGAUGAAAGUUCUAAAGAUAUAGACGUUAUUACUCCUGAUUCAGAUAUCUCAUAGGUACAGAUUUCACAACAGAGUAAUGUUUUACUUCUGUAUACCGUAGAUUCAGAUGGCGGGUUCAACCAAGUUGAGCCUGUUAGCUGUACACGUAUAUGAAUCGACUUCGACCAUGUGUGGAUUUAGUUUAAAAUACUAUUGAGAUGGUAGAGUCAACCAAGCUGACCCUGUUCGCUCUAUGUAUAUAUCAAUCGACUGUGACCAUGUACUGAUUUAGUUGUUUACAUGGUGCUGAGAUGGUGGAGUAAGUAAACCAAGUUGACCCUGUUAGCUAAACAACAUUAUCACCGUGUAAUGUUUUGUUGUUACAGUAUUUUUGAAAUGGCAAAGUGAACAAAAUUGACCAUGUUAGUAAUAGACGUAUAUGAAUCGGCUACGACUGUUUAAUGUUUUAGCCGUCUACUGUAAUAUUUGAGAACACGGACUGAACCAAAUUGACCAUGUAGCCACACAUGUACACGGGAUGACCAAAACCGUGCAAUAUCAAAACAUUGUUUACAAUACUGUCGAGAUAUCUGUCGCGGGUAUAACUCUCUGGCAAGUUCAGAUGUUGUACCCACCACAGACGUGAAUAGAUAAAACCUGGUGGAAGCACGUCCAAAAAUAAGCAAUACCCAUACUGUCGUGAUAGCGUAAUGAACCAAAUUGAUUCCGGUAGCUAUGUGUCGACAGACAUCCUAGUAAAGCAUCAAACUGA